GCUUCAAUUUAAAAAUUACUAAAGAUCAUUCCUUUACUAGCUAACUGACCAUCAGCUUUCAGGUUGUUUUGUCAAAACUAUUCACCAAGAUAUGAGCAAACUCGAGGAAAAGGAGGGAGUGUUAAAUGAUUGGAAGACAGAAUUCAGUGAAAAUCUUGAACUAGUGGUUCUUCCAGAAAUGUCUGCAGUCCAAGAACAAUGCAUUUAUUUAGUCCCACCAGAAAUUCGCCAACUCAAUCCAAAAGCCUUCACUCCUCAAGUUGUUUGCAUUGGCCCAUUUCACAGACAACAUGGCUCUGGUUUGGAGGGAAAUUAUUUUAUGCAAAUGGAAGAACUGAAACUGAAAUACCUCAAGGGAUUCCUUCACAGAACGCACCUCAAUGUGAAGGAUUUAGUUCUCAAACUUGAGGAAUGUGAAACCAAAAUUCGAAGCUCUUACGCAAUGACUCUUAACCUUGACAGCAAUGAACUCAUUAAGAUUAUCCUUGUCGACGCUUGUUUCAUUAUUGAGCACUUUCUCAGAUGUUAUAUGUUCGAGAAUUGGGAGGAAAACGACCCUUUAUUUUUGAAACCAUGGUUGCUGGUUCACGUUCAUAGUGACUUGUUACUCCUCGAGAAUCAGCUUCCUUUCUUUGUUCUUGAUGACAUAUACAAUCUCUCUGGUAUGAACAUGACAUUUUUUUCAUUUCUUAGUGUUACUUUCCAAUAUUUUGGACAAUACAACCGGCAAAACAUAUUACCUGAAGGAUUUUCACAUCCAAAACAUUUAACUGAUAUUCUAAGAACUUUUAUUAUACCUUCAUCUUUCGAUUUUGAAAUAGAAAGGGAUGUGGAAAUACAGCAUGUUUACAGCGCGACUCAGUUAUCAGAAGCAGGUUUGGUAUUCAAGGCGAGUGAAGACGAGCACAAAUCCUUGCUUGACAUAGAUCUUAAUGAGGGUGUGUUAACAAUGCCACACUUCCGCGUGCAUGACAUAACAGAGGUUUUCAUGACUAACAUUCUGGUAUUUGAGCAAUGUCACCAUCGAGAGGCAAAGUACAUGUCUCAAUAUUUUUGGAUCCUAGGUUUUCUUAUCAAGACUGAGAAAGAUGUGGACAUACUGGUUGAUAAGAAAAUUAUUGUCGAUUUGAUAGGUGAUGCUAAAGAAGUGGUUACAGUUUUUAGAAAUCUCCGCAAAAAUGUUUCUUUGCCAUCCUUUGGUGCAAAGUAUAAAAAUAUCUGCAUGGGUUUGAAUGAUCAUUUCGACACAAAUCCUUGGAACAAAUACAUGUCAAUAUUUAAACAUGACUACUUCAACACUCCUUGGAAAAUAGCAUCUACCACUGCUGCUGUGCUGCUGCUUUUGCUGACACUGAUUCAAACUGUAUGUUCUGUCAUCCAAGUUGUUCAAGGAUCAAAGCCAAACUAAGGUUGUGAGAUUACUAUCCAAUUUUAUGCUAACAUUUCAAAGAGAUAAUAAUUUGUAAGCAAGGAUUCAUCAUGGAUGCAACAUCCCCUAAAACCUGAGAUUUAUUUUUAACUCUAUUUCUGUGGUGUUUAUGAAUUGUAUUCUUUUUCUUAAUUAUUCUCUUAAGCACUAAUGUAUCUUCAGUAAUUGAUCGAUCAUUAAACCAAAUUAAAGCCUUUGCACGUUUUAAGUUUAAUAGUGUUAAAUCUAUUUAUGAUAUACAAUUUCUUAAAUCAAGCUAUUGGACUCCAAUGGAAAAAAGUUUGAACUUUUCAAGAUU